AUGGUUAUCGAAACGGAAGCUUGUCUUGAAUGUAACGCGUCGAAAGCGUCAGAAAGUUGUAAAGUAAAGUGUAUGGAUACGAAAUCACAUAACGGUCCUACAUGGGACUAUAUGAGCGAACUACAAAUGGAGUUCGCCAGUCUCUCCACUCUGACGGAUUUCAAUCGAGUUGGUGCUGGGGUAAAACCUCUAUAUGCAUCAUCUGAGAAAAUAAUAUGCGAAAUGACUGUUGAACCUCAGCAUUUGAAUGCAAAGGGCACACUUCAUGGUGGACAGACCGCUUCGCUUACAGAUAUUGUCACAGCCCGAGCCCUUGGACUUACCAUCAGGGAUCGAGCCAUGGCGUCAAUUGAGCUUUCUGUCAGUUACUUUCUUCCUGUGAAAGCAGGAGAAGUCAUCGAGAUCACAGCCUAUGUGCUUAAACUCGGUCGCAACGUUGCCUUUACAGAAGCGGAAUUUCGAAGAAAAUCCGAUGGAAAAUUAGCCGCUAAGGGGCGACAUACUGUGGCUAUACUUCCAAAACAGCCUGUGGCCGAUGGCCAGAAAGUUGCCCAGUAUUAG